UUUGGCGUCACGUGAUGACAGAUUAGCAAACCGAACUAAUUAUCCGUACACUGUUCGAGCACAUCCUACCUAUGAGGCUCAGGUGUCUGCUGGGGCUGUCUUCCUUAGGUGGAUGGGAUGGAGGAGAAUUGCCUUCAUCUUUGAAGAAAGCGAUGCCUUUCAAACGCACAUGAAGGAAUUCCGAUGGAUUUUGGAAGCGCACGGCAUUAACGUAGUAGUGUCUGAAGGGGUCAAAGACAUUAAUGACUUAGAUGUGCAUCUUCAAAAUUUGAAGCGGCAGGAUGUAAGGAUCAUAUACAUCGGAUUUUACCUCAUAGAGACGCUGAAGCUUUACUGUCAGGCUUAUCUGGCUGGGAUGACAACUUCAAAAUACGUCUGGAUAGCGCCAUACUGGGCAGGUUAUGGAACGUGGUGGGUACACCCUCCGCCGUCAUCCAUCUUACCAUGCACGAAGGAACAGAUCGUCGAUGCAGUCAACAGCUGCCUUCACUUUAGGGGACGUCAACGUCAGGCAAACUUAACAGACCUUGAUUACAACGGUGUGAAACCGUUGCCAGAACAUUACGACUACUUCAACAGAAACCAACUAGUAAGCGAUAUUGCGCGGACAUACGAUAAUAUCCUAGUCAUAGCCCUAGCCCUGAAUGCGUCUAUAGCGGACCUUCAGCAUCUCCGGCCGCCUCGGAGACUUGAAGAUUUCAGAUACUCCGACUCUGACAUGGCCCGUGUGAUUCUUGAGAAUGCGGAUAACAUAAAUUUUGUUGGACUACAGGGCCCAGUGCUGAUAAAGAAUGGUCAACAAAACAGGGACAUUGUCGAAAUAGCGCAGGCUCAAAGAGAGGAGUUGAAUGAGGUGAUGAUUUACAGGACGGAAGGACAAUCUCUGGAAACUUCGGAUGUUUCCAAGCUUAAAUGGAAAGGGGGCCAUAUUCCUGUGGACGGAAUUACAACAAGGACAGUGAUCCUGCAGGUUCCGCCAACAAUCCGAGCCACUCUCUUCACUAUCGCCUCCAUCGGUGCAGUCAUCGCAUUGGCAUUUCUGUUUCUUAACGUCAGAUACAAACACAAGAGGGCCAUUAAGAUGUCGAGUCCUUCCCUUGGUAAUCUGACUAUAAUCGGAUGUCUGCUUCUCCACGCCUCUGUGAUCGCCAUGGGCUUGGACACAACGCAACUAUCUGUUACCACUAUUGUCAUUAAAUGCCAUCUGGAGAGAGUCUUGAUCUCUCUGGGGGUCUCCUGUGCAUUCGGUUCUAUCUUCAUGAAGACCUACCGAAUACAUGCAAUAUUCACAGCUAUUAAGCGAUUCAAACGAAUUGACUUGCCAGAUUGGAAGCUCAUUAGUGGAGUGUUGGUCAUUGUUCUGACGGACUGCGUCAUUUUUGCUGUGUGGAUUGCUCUGGAAACAACGUCCGUUUACACAUUGACUCUGGAACCUCGGCUUGACAUGACAGAACCUGAGAAGGAAAUCUUUGACGUCCCAGAGAUACGGUAUUGCAGCAGCAAACACGACGUGUAUUUCAUUGCAGCCCUCUACGGCGUCAAGGGGGUUCUGUUGACCUUUGGCCUCUUCUUAGCCUGGGAGACGAGAAAUAUUGCAGUUUCCCGACUCAGUGACAGUAAAUCCAUCGCCGCAUCAGUGUACAUCGUGGCUCUCACCAUUGUCCUGACUGUCCCUACUGUUGCCGUUCUGGAUGAGGAAGUCAAGAUGACGUAUCUGCUUCCUGGAGUAGUGAUCGUGGUUGUCAGCACAUUUGUGCUGUGUCUUAACUUUGUUCCAAAGGUGUAUCUUCUGCUGACCAUGCACGAGGAAGACAUUACACUGAGUAUGAUGCAGUCUAUGGGAUACGGUGGAUCUACGACAACUAACUCACAUCUGCCAUCCAGCACAGAUGUCAUCAGUAGCGUGGAACGACUGCACGUAAAACUCACCAAGAAACAAGCAGUGCUGAAGCAAUUGCUCAAGGAACUUCAUCUCCUGUGUUUUGCAAGGACGGAUGAGGGCGCUGUCAAGAAUCUUUUAAAAGAUCAGAGUCGUACAUAGAGUUGCGUCAGUUAUUGUCUCCUUUUCUGGACGUAGCCUAUGGCAUGGAGUCGUCUACCAUUGGAAGUUUAUAGUGUGAUUUAGGAGGAGACUAUAUAAUAGCGAAGUAAUUAGACACGACGGGAGAAAUGUCUCACAUUUCUUUGAGGAACUAUCGUCGUACAGUUUGUAAAUCUUGGUUCAUUGCUUUGUUCAUCACGCGUGUUGACUUCGGAAUCUCAUCCAUCCCUCUUCAAGAAUACUGUAGACCAGCUCCUCAUGCACCACCCCAUAUGCCAACGCAGUAAUGCAGGCAAUAUUUUGUUGCCGUGAGUGCGUUCGAUUACUUUCCCCGCGCUUCCCGUGCAAGCGCGACAGCGUUCGAUUGACCUCUCACGUGACUU